AUGGGAAAAAGCUACGCCCAAUAUGGUAGUCCAAAUGCACGUGGAUCUACCAGAAGCACGCAACAACCAAGGAAUGAGAUGUCAAUGCUCAGGCGAGUAUGGGUCAAGCGAAAAGGGGGCAACCCCACAACAAUUAUGAUUGGACCUGAGGAAAUCAUUGACGAUCUCAAAAGUGCCAUCUGUGUCAAAUUUCCAAACUCCGUAGGGAAGCUCUACGAUCCGGCUGAUAUACAAGUUCUAUCAAGAAUGCACCCCCAAGAGAAGCUCCAAUCCAGACGAGUGAAACAAACCAAACUCGCCAUUGGUAGAAUCAAAGCAGAUUUAGCUGAUGAGAGUCAACCGAAGCUGUCAUUGUCCAACCUGCACCAACAUUUUUAUGUCGCUCUUGAACCUGAUCAGGUUAUUUGGGAAAUACUCGACGAUCAAUUCUCAGGAGCUAUGUCUAUGUCUGAUGCAUUUCUAAUUGAUGCAGAGGCAAAGGUUGCUCCUGAUAUCAGUUCAGACAAUGACAGAAGUUUGCAUCGUGAAGAUUUCGAUCAUUCAAGUUCAUCAACCCACGACCGCCCUCAAUCUCCCACUCAUCCAUGGUUAAGCCUGAAUAGACUCUCUCCCUUGAGCACAAAUAAUCACAGUUUCCACCUGAAACCCCACCAGCCAAUACCAAUGAGGCAAAACUCAUUCGGGAAGUACCGCUCAGUAUCUCCGAGCUUUCAAGGAUCACAAUCACCUCCUUUACAAUUUCCUAAUCAGCACAAAAGAUCACUUUCAAAUCCUCCCCAAUCACCAGUUCCAUCGUUCAACCAGCAAUCUCGAAAUGGAAAUCCGCAGGCUGUCCUUUUAUUGCCAAAGAAUUUUUCUCUAGGGGAACAGAAUGCGAUAAAAAGAUUUCCAGUGGAUUCGAAUUCGGUAGAGAAAGGCUAUUCCGAGCUGGCACCUAAAAUGGAUAAUGGGUCUAAUGUUAGCAAUAUUGGAAGUGAGACCAAUACGCCUUCAAAUUCGAGUUAUGGAAAAGCACAGGACGGGCAAAGUAUUCCACGGUCUCUUCCCGAAAGACAGAGUUAUUCUACAAUUCUGAAAGAUUCUGAAGGUUCACAAAGUGUCAAUAUGAAUUCUGGUUCAUCAACCACUCGAAGUUCACAAGAUUUGGCUAAGAAAGAUUCUGGAGAUUCUAGUGCUAAAAUGUCUACUAAAGCAAAUUCUAAUUCUAAGGAAACGACAAUUAAUACUAGCACAUUCGAAAAAGUCUUGCCACUGAUUUCUGUUCUAGUUGUUGAAGAUAAUUCAAUCAAUCAAGCAAUCCUCGGUGCAUUCUUACGAAAACACAAGAUUCAUUACGAGAUAGCUAAAAAUGGCCAAGAGGCAGUUGACAAGUGGAGAAAAGGUGGCUUUCACUUAGUACUAAUGGAUAUUCAAUUACCUGUCAAAUCAGGAAUUGAGGCGACAAAGGAAAUAAGACAUUUGGAGAAGGUGAACAAGAUUGGAGUGUUCGCACAACACGAACUAGGGGGCAGCAAUUACAGUGGCCACCUGCAACUCAAAGAAGACGAGAAAUUAAAUCUCAAUAUCUUUAGAUCACCCGUUAUAAUAGUGGCAUUAACUGCAUCUUCGAACUCAUCAGUUGACAAGAAGAAUGCGUUAACAGCUGGGUGCAAUGAUUUUUUAACUAAGCCAGUCAAUUUGGUAUGGUUACAAAAUAAGAUCACGGAAUGGGGCUGCAUGCAAGCAUUAAUUGACUUUGAUGCUUGGAGAGUGAAAGGAUCACCUCAGAGUACUACAUCUAAAAGUAAGGCAAAUGGGGAAGGAAAGAGCAGAUCAAAUGUGAAUCCAAAUAAGGGUGAGGCCAUACUUCACCAAGGUGCCUAG